AUGUCGGCGGCGGGGGCGGGGCCGGGGCCGGGGGCGGAGGCCCAGAUGGGGAAGGACAGGGACGUGGUGCGGCUGGAGCGCGAGUCGGUGAUCCCCGUCAUGAAGCCCAAGCUCAUCAUGAAGCUCGCCUACCUCAUUGAGCGCGAAAACGACAGGGAGGAAUUCGUGAAGCUCUGCAAGAGGAUGGAGUACACCAUCAGAGCCUGGUAUCAUCUCCAGUUUGAUGAUAUGAUGGAGCUGUAUGCUCUCUUCGACCCUGUGCAGGGUGCCAAAAAACUGCAGCAGCAGAACUUUUCGUCCGAGGAAAUCGAUACACUCGAGCAGAACUUCCUGACCUAUUUAUUUCAGAUGAUGGAAAAAAGCAAUUUCAACAUAUUAUCUGAUGAUGAGGUUGAGCUUGCUCAUUCUGGACAAUACCUAUUGAAUCUUCCAAUUAAAGUUGACGAAGCAAAGUUAGACAACAAACUUUUGUCAAAGUAUUUCAAGGAGCACCAUCAUGACAACCUACCUGAGUUCUGUGAUAAGUACGUCAUAUUCCGGAGGGGCAUAGGACUGGACCGCACUAGCGAUUUUUUCUUCAUGGAGAAAGUGGAUAUGGUCAUAACUCGUACAUGGCGAUGGCUGUUACAGAAGACGAGACUGCAAAGGCUCUUCUUGAGAAAGAAAAAGGUCAAGCCAGUGAUAGAUUCCAAGAAAAAUGAUGAUCUAGUUGGUGAAGGGGACGACAAGGAGCUAUACAUUGAACGUAUACGACUUGAAACAAUGAACUUGAGCCUGCGCAAUUUAAUUGGCAAGGUUACAAUUCAGGAGCCUACAUUUGAAGAGGUGAUUGUCUUGUACAGGAAGAAAAGCCCGAAGGGCCAGGAUGAUAGAGCAAUUCAGGUUAAACACUUCAAAAAUAUUCCGAUGGCAGAUAUGGAGUUGGUUCUGCCUGAGAAGAAAAACCCGAGCCUCACGCCAAUGGACUGGGUUCAGUUCAUUGUUUCUGUUGUUAUUGGGCUUGUUACACUCGUCGGUUCACUCGAAAUACCUAAAGCUGAUUUCUGGGUUGUGAUUGCCAUCCUUUCUGCUCUGGCUGGAUAUUGUGCUAAGAUAUAUUUCUCGUUCCAAAAGAACAUGGCAACCUAUCAAAACCUAAUCACUCAGUCAAUGUAUGACAAACAACUAGAUAGUGGGAAAGGCACACUUCUGCACCUCUGUGAUGAUGUGAUUCAACAGGAAAUCAAGGAGGUCAUAAUCGCAUACUAUAUAUUGAUGGAAAAUGGAAAGGCUACUAUUGAGGAUCUUGAUUUGCAAUGCGAGGAGCUAAUCCAGGAAGAGUUUGGUUUGCAAUGUAAUUUUGAGGUGAUGGAUGCUCUUCAAAAGUUAGAGAGAUUUGGUAUUGUUACAAGAGAUUCUAUAGGAAGAAUUGUUUGCGUUCCUCUAAAGCGAUCCAAUGAGAUCAUUGGUGCUACUACCGAGGAGCUGGUUAUGAAAUUCAGACAAAGCUAG